GACGGCGGCCUGAACCAGGUCAAACUCCUUGCACAAGCAUCACUGCCCUCAAACAUGUCCUCCCUUCGAGCCGCAACGUCGCUUUUGCGGCAGCAAAUCCUCGGCUUUGGCGCCGCUCGCCGGGUUCUCGCAGCGACUGUCUCCGCCGGUCGUUGUUCGACCUGCGACGCUUCAGGUUUGAGGCGCCAGGUCAUCGCCUGGAAGCCAGCUCAGCCCUACUCGACUUCGCCAGCAGCCGAACAAUCUUCAUCCCCUGUUGAGCGUGCUCCGGUGUCGGCUGGAGACGCUCAGUCUACUGCAGUGCCUGCAUCUGCACCGGGCGCGGACUUCGCCGCUGAAGAUUUCUCCGAAGAUGGCAAUGUCUUCUACCCGCAGUCAGCCCAGCUCGACGGCAGCGGCGUGUCUCCGUACACUGUAGAACGAUGCGGACCGUCGGGAUCAAGUCUCCCAGUCUACACCGAGUAUAAGAACAACAGAAGCCGGGUGUUCACAAUCGUUCGCAAGGUAUCUGGUGACGUUGAUGCCCUGAAGAGAGACAUGCAGCUCACGCUUCCGACACUCGUUCAAGCCGCAAUUUCUCCCAAGCUCAAAGUGCGCGAUGUGAAGCCGUACAAGCCGCGUUCAGGCCGGAAGAUGCCAAAAUACGAGCUGAUCAAGGCGGUCAAAAGCUCGCCGGACGCCGAUGCGUUGUCCAAGAAGGGCAUCGUGCCGACAGGCGGGAAAAUCAUUUUGGAAGGUAAAUUGAAGCGUGAGGUGGAAGACUGGCUGAGCCAGAGGGGUUUCUGAGGCGUAACUUCGAGAAAUGGGACUACCAAUAACCUUUAGCAUUCCUCCUUUGGUUGUACUGUACAUGAAGCUGCUUUACACGGUCUUGGUUGCUCCUUUUAUAA